UGUAUUAAAGUAACUAGGUUGAUGUAAUCCUUUAUACAAGGGGUUCCUUUUUAAAUGCAAAUAAAAUAAUACUCCAUAUGUUCCUUAAUGUUUACAUAUUCUAGAAAAAAAAUGGUUUUUUAAAGAUUUAUUUUUUACAUUUUUAAUACAUAUUUUAUUAAUUAAUUGUAAACUUCAAAAAACUUAAUUGCACUUAUUGAAUUUUUAUUGACUUAAACUUAUGGAACAAAAAUAAACACAAAAAAAUUAUGUAAAUUUAAAGUGUUUUAUUAAAAUGUGCGAAAAAACUAGAAUAUGUAUUAUUAAGGAACAAAGAGAGUAUUAAGUAAACUUAAUGAAUCUCAUUGGUUACCAUUAGUGCUAACUGUAUUGUUAUCUUCUAAGUCUUCUGGUUCUUCUAGAUCUUCUGGUAACGUGCAAGUUACGACCCAUCUUAGAUUCCUAUUACCAGAUUCGAGACCAGUAGACCAACUUCCAAAUAAAUAGAUAUGUUCCGUUUUAAUUUGCUGGUCAGUACUGGGAAAUGAAUUCUGAUGGAGGUGGAGUACUUAGCUCUGUUUACAGCUAAAAUAACUGCUGUUUUUUUUUUUUUUUUUUUUUUUUUUUGUCAAAUAAAUAACUGCUGUUUAUAGGUGAAAGAUUACCAAAGAAGUUUAGGAUAUUUUCUUGUGAAAAGUGACAUAGCUUCUAGUUGUAGUUGUUGCAUAUAUUCUCCCACAAGAAGGACGAAGUCUUAUUUUUAGUCUUUUUUUCUCCAAACAGAUUCUUUUUUACUUCUCUUUUGACUGUGCAUGUGCUUUUCCUUCUCUAUUUUUUUGUUUAAUCUUAUAUAAUAAUACUGCAUCCCACCAAAUUAUAGACUUCUUAUACUUACAUUAUCUAGUAUUCAUUUUGACGUCAUAUAUGCAAAUCACUGUAAUAUUCCAACUUGAUACAUGAGUUCAAAGAGUCAUUUAAAUCAUAGUGUAGCUAUAGAUGUAAGUAAUGUAGUUUUUAUCGUUCGUCAUGUUGAAAUGCGGACAUCUAUAACUAACAAUGUAUAUACACACGAUGUAUUAAUUAAUUUGAUUCCAUAUACCAAUAAAAUAAUUUGCAAUAUACGAGAUACAAAUGUCUGAAAAAAUUUGCUCAUAACUAUCAUAUAUGAUAUACCACACAAAGGUUUUGGAAAGCUCAAUGAAAAUAACAAACUAGUGAACUACGAGUAAUUCAGUCCAAACAAUUGAUUUGGUUGAGGAUAUAUAAUUUUUACUUGGAAGAUUUUGAUUCUUUUGUGAAAUGUGGACUGUGGUAAACACAGUUCAGUAGUGUUUGGAGAAAUAUCUUUCAAACGUUUGGGUUCAAAAAUAGAAGAUGAUCUUCCGAUCAUAACGUGUAUUCCAUUCUAAAGUAGUAUUGACCGCUCAUAAUUCUUCGGUCAAAAAAGUACUUAGGCCUAGUUUAGGAUUUAGCUAGUAAAAUGAAAAAUGUUUUGGAAAAAUGAAUGUGGUCUUAGUUAGGCAAGAGUUGCUAAGAUUGACGAGGAACGAAAAGAAGAAGAAAGUAAGGGGUAUGUUUAAUUUUUAUAAUAGUGAAAGAAAUUUCCAUUUAAAUAAAAACAAAUAAUAAAAUGAUUUCUUAAAAAAGAUUGGUCCAAAAAGAAAUAUUUCAAAGAAUAAAUUUACUGUUAUAUUAUUGGUGCAGUCUUUAAUGUAUGAGCCAUAUUCCUUAUAAAUACAUGCGUAAACCCACAUCUCAACUUAAAUCACCAACACAUUAAACACGACCUCUAAUUUAAAACCUCUCUCGUCUCUUUCGUGUCUCUUUUCGUUCUAUUCCAAAACCAACAAAAAUCAAGAACAACUACUAAUGGGAGGAAACAGAUCACACAGUAGCAAGAGGUUCUCUCUCUUCAGUUUCUUUAAGCCACGAAGAUCUCACAGAGUGGAAGCAGACGCCUCUUGGGAUGACUCCGUUUACACUCGAAAAGCAUUGGCUAGUGACGAAGACAAACCUUAUUGUGUGGCUGAACCAGGUAUCAACCGUAAGGCUUCUGCCUUUAUCGCCAAGUUCCAUGCAACUCGUGUCUCUGAGUCUGAGCGACAAACUCUCUCUCCUUACCAAUCCGAGAAGGCAUGAUGAAUAACUUGAUUAUAUGUAAAUUGUUUUUGUUUAUUUAUUUGAUGUGUCUUUAUGAGAGUUUAUUGAUUGUGUAUUAAUUGUUGUUAAUAAUCAAUUUUCUUUACCUUUGUCUUAAUUGUUGUUAAUAAUCGAUGUUGCUAAUUACCGUUAAGAGUUUGUUGACGGGAAUAAAGACUAUCAAAUUCACGUCAACAACAAAGUUUGUUAAACUUUUAAGAGUAUAUAAAACUUAGCACCAGCAUAUGUACAUUCAUCAUUACCAAGAAUGAUAUGGAAUGACAGGAUUUAAUGAGGCUCUAAAACACCCAAAUUCAGAAUGUAGCUUGUUAUGAAUCUCAUUGACUAAGUCAGAAAAUAAUCCAAUCAAUAAGUAGUUUACACCUAGUCAUUCAUUCAAUUUGGAAGGCCAUGGAUUAUGACGUUUACAUAUAUAAGGUUUUCAAAUAAACCAAUUUAACCAAAUAAACAUCGCUUUGGUUUAUAAGUAUGAGUAUUUGCUUUUAUAGAAAUAGAAGAUCGAUCAUAUACUAUCCAUUAAGAUUAAGAGAAAUUGGCGUCACUACCCCUCUUUUAGACAUUAAUAAGCAAACUACUCUCAUCAAUUAACCAACUUUUUCGUUACAAUUUUUCCCUUCGCAGAACAGAGUUUAGGCGCGGGACCCAACUAGUACUGCUCUUCUGCCCACUGUCAGAAUGCUCUCCUAGACUGCUCUCCUACUACUAGUGGUAUUGAAUUAAAGCAUAUGUCCUAAAUAUAUUUUUUAUUAAUUGAAUAAAAAAUUGUAAAUAACUAGUGAAUGAUUUUUUUUUUAGUUUUUCUAUUCCCUCAUCUCUCUGAACCAAACUUUCGUUCUCUCCUCUAAAGAUAAAUAUUCACUAGCUGGUGGGUUUUAUCUCGCCGUCAGUAUUCCUCUGCCCUUUUUCUGUUUGGUUUGAUUGCCUCAAUCCAUAGCUGUUUCAUCCCAUCCCCUUCUCUUUGUCCGCGCAUCUGGAUUUUUGUUGGGUCUAUACGGCGAAUCUAUAAAAAAACCAUGGCGAGGUCAGCUUGGUCUAAGAGUACGUCGGUGAGGUGUUGCGUUACUGCCUCCGAUUAUUCGUGAUAAGCAAAAGGAGCGUGGAAGACAAUGUAAAUCUCAAAGCAUUGGUGAAAAUGUUACUUUUACAAUUGCAUUUAGCUGCUCAUUUCAUUAUUUAGCGCCAUCAUAAUUUAGUUACUUGUUAAAUAUCGUGUUAUCAGAUAAUAAUGGUAGUAACAGUGUAGCUAGUAUAUUAACCAAUAAUAUUUAUAUUAUUUGUUAAAUUAUUAUUAAAAUUAAUCCUACCAAGUAUAUUUUGGAUGCUCUCAUAGAUGGAUGUGGAGUCUAUUUUUGAUGACACAUAAGACGGCUAGUGCAGGUGGUACAAACUCUCGGUGGUUAGAUGAAGAGGAAGAUGGCUUGGUGGAUAACAUGGUUCCCUUCAUCGGCGAAGGAUAUGUUUUCCGGAAAAAACAUAUUUAAAGAUGGAUUCGAAAGCAGACAUUUAAUUCUUAAUGAGGAUUAAGCAAAGGCAAAAAGAAAAACAAGCUAACAAUGGCAAUGGUAUAUUGAGGGAGGUCCGUAAAUUGAUCGAGCAGCUGCUUGGAGAAGGCAGUUAACCACUACAUUUAUGUUUGUUUGUGGCACAUAACUAAUCAUGUUAACCAUUAAAACGAAGUGAUGAACCUAUCUGACUGUUGUUGCACUCUCAUGUUAACCAUCAAAAGAAGUGACAAACUACGACCAUAUAUUUUACUAGACUAUUAGCUGUUAAAUGUGUUCUCCUCCGCUAAAACAUUAUAUUUGCGUAUUUAUUUUUAAUCUUCUUAGUCAUAUAUGUGUGUUAACAACUGGGGAUGGCAGUUAAUUGUAU